CUACAGGACGGUGUCAGGACUCAGUUGGAAGCCCUGAGGGUGGAGGGAGAAGAGAUUGAGGACAUAAAGAGUCGGGAAGACCAGAAGUUCCAAAUGCUUCUGACUCACAUCGAAAUCAGGAAGCAGCAGGUAGAAGCCGUGUUUGAGAAGUUGCAGCAGGAGCUGAGGGAACAGCGGGGCCUCCUGCUGGCCAGGCUGAGGGGGCUGGAGGUGCAGGUCUGCGAGGAGCGAGAAGACUACAUCUCCAAGUUCUCCGAGGAGGUUGCCAGGCACAGAGCUGAGGCCAAGGAGCUGGAGAACUGCCAGCAGCUGGCAAGUGUCCUGCUACAUGUGGGGGGCUGUCCACAACCUGCCUCGUGGGAUGGGAGAGGGAUUGCUCAGGCAGGGACAGCAGCUGAGGUUGGGAGAUGCUGCAGAGGGGCAGGAGAGGGGAGCAGAGGUCUUCUGCUAGGAGGGACUGGUAGCUGUCGGGUUUCUUCAGCCCAGAGACGCUACAGAGGGGCAGACCCCGAAAGGCUGGUGACUUGA